AUGUCGAAACCACCAACACGCCCUCUGGGGAAGAACGGCCCCGAGGUGACUCGGGUCGGCUUUGGUCUCAUGGGCCUGAGCAGCUACUAUGGAAAGCCGUUGCCGAUCGAAGAAGGGCUCCAUGUCCUUGAUCAGGCUUAUGAGCUUGGCGAAAGGUUCUGGGAUACAGCUGAUGUCUACAGCGGCAAUGAGGAGUUACUUCAAGAAUGGUUUAUCAGAAACCCCGAGAAACGGCAGGAUAUUUUCCUCGCCACGAAAUUCUCCCUCGGGACCCUUCCCGAUGGAACAACGUCGCGGGAUUCUUCGCCCGAGUAUGCCUUGCAUGCAUGUGAAGCAUCACUCCGCAGACUGGGCCUAUCUUAUAUUGACCUAUACUAUUGUCAUCGACUGGAUGGCAAGACUCCCGUGGAAGAAACAGUCAAGGCCAUGGUUCAGCUCAAAGAUGCCGGCAAGAUCAAAUACCUUGGGUUGAGUGAAUGCAGUGCAGCAUCCCUUCGCAGGGCACACAGCAUCCAUCCAAUUUCGGCUGUGCAGAUGGAGUACUCGCCUUUUUCGCUGGAGAUCGAGAGUUCUGAGUACAAGCUUUUGGAGACAUGCAGAGAUCUCGGGAUCGCUUUGGUUGCAUAUUCACCUUUGGGCCGUGGUAUGAUGAGUGGUGCUUUGCGAUCCGUGGCAGAUUUCGAGGAUGACGAUUUCCGAAAGAAACUUCCUCGCUUUUCGGCUGAGAAUUUCCCAAGAAACUUGCAGCUUGUUGAUAGUAUCAGUGAGUUGGCGGCGAGCAAAGGUAUCCAUUCCUCGCAGUUGACUUUAGCGUGGCUGCUCGCUCAGGGAAAUGAUAUUUUCCCUAUUCCGGGGACCACCAAAGUCGAGAGGCUGAAGGAUAACGUGGAUAGCAUGUUUGUUCAACUUUCUGGCAAGGAUGUCGCGCAAUUCAGAGAGGCCGUUGAGAAAGCCAACAUCCACGGAGAGCGGUCUUCCGACCAAUUGACCGAGAUGUUAUUUGUGGACACUCCGUUGCCAUCGAUCUAG